AGUGGUGACGGGGAAGCCAACAGUUUGCGAAGCAGGGAAGCGGGCAGGGCCAGGGUGAGGGAAAUGAGCUCGAAUUGAUAAGGACAGCUCCCGCCUCUGCCGAGUCCACUGAGCGGGUCCUCACCGCGCUCCGCUGCACUUUCCCGGGAGAAGAAAGGGCUUUAUCUCCUCCCUCAGACUACUAGCCUAGGAGUUUCUCGGGGCAGCAUGGAUAAUCGAAGGGGGUCCCAGCUUUUGGAGAGCUAAGAUUCGCCCACCCCGCACGCUUGUCGGGCCCCUGUUCCUACCCCCUCCCCCAAACUGGGCCGACUGCGAAAAGCAAAGCUUCGGGCAUAAGUUGACCUGAAACCUUCACCGUCGGUCGCCUCUGCGCUUUCAGGGCACCCCCGGCUCCCCACUCCCCAGCCUUUCCCUUCAUCCGGCCCGGCAUGGACACAAGCCCACGAGGUGCCUCGGCCUCAGCCGCCACUUUGCCGUCGCUGCUGCCACUGCUGUUGCUGCCAACAGCUGAGGUGAUUUUAGGAAAGUGAGGUUGGAGGAGGGUUUAAAGCCAGGUGCACAGAGUCAGCUCGCCAUGUCCAGAUCCGGGGACAGGACUUCCACCUUCGACCCCAGCCACAGCGACAACCUGCUGCACGGCCUCAACCUGCUGUGGAGGAAGCAGCUGUUUUGCGACGUGACCCUGACGGCCCAGGGCCAGCAGUUCCACUGCCACAAGGCCGUGCUGGCCUCCUGCUCGCAGUACUUCCGAUCGCUCUUCUCCAGCCACCCCCCUCUCGGGGGAGGGGUCGGCGGCCAGGACGGCCUGGGGGCCCCCAAGGACCAGCAGCAGCCGCCGCAGCAGCAGCAGCCGUCACAGCAGCAGCAGCCGCCGCCGCAGGAAGAGCCCGGGACUCCUUCUUCCUCCCCCGACGACAAGCUGCUGACCAGUCCCCGGGCCAUCAACAACCUGGUGCUGCAGGGCUGCUCGUCCAUCGGGCUGCGCUUGGUGCUCGAGUACCUCUACACGGCCAAUGUGACCCUGUCCCUGGACACGGUGGAGGAGGUGCUGUCGGUCAGCAAGAUCCUGCACAUCCCCCAGGUCACCAAGCUCUGCGUGCAGUUCCUCAACGACCAGAUCUCGGUGCAGAACUACAAGCAGGUGUGCAAGAUCGCCGCGCUGCACGGCCUGGAGGAGACCAAGAAGCUGGCCAACAAGUACCUGGUGGAGGAUGUGCUGCUGCUCAACUUCGAGGAGAUGCGCGCCCUGCUGGACUCGCUGCCGCCCCCCGUGGAGUCGGAGCUGGCGCUCUUCCAGAUGUCCGUGCUGUGGCUGGAGCACGACCGGGAGACCCGCAUGCAGUACGCGCCUGACCUCAUGAAGCGCCUCCGCUUCGCGCUGAUCCCGGCCCCGGAGCUGGUGGAGCGGGUCCAGUCAGUGGAUUUCAUGCGAACCGACCCGGUCUGCCAGAAGCUGCUGCUGGACGCCAUGAACUACCACCUGAUGCCCUUCAGGCAGCACUGCAGGCAGAGCCUGGCCAGCAGAAUUCGCUCUAACAAGAAAAUGCUGUUAUUGGUUGGAGGGCUGCCUCCUGGACCGGACCGGCUCCCCAGCAAUUUGGUUCAGUAUUACGACGAUGAAAAGAAGACGUGGAAAAUACUCACAAUUAUGCCAUACAACAGUGCCCACCACUGCGUUGUGGAGGUGGAAAACUUCUUGUUCGUGUUGGGUGGAGAGGACCAGUGGAAUCCGAAUGGCAAACACAGUACAAAUUUUGUCAGCCGUUAUGAUCCUCGAUUUAACAGCUGGAUUCAACUUCCACCCAUGCAAGAAAGAAGAGCCAGUUUCUACGCAUGUCGGUUGGACAAACAUUUAUACGUUAUUGGCGGAAGGAAUGAAACCGGCUACUUGUCCAGUGUGGAGUGCUAUAACCUAGAAACAAAUGAAUGGCGCUAUGUGUCCUCUUUGCCACAGCCUCUGGCGGCUCAUGCGGGAGCAGUGCACAAUGGGAAAAUAUACAUUUCAGGGGGUGUACACAAUGGAGAAUAUGUCCCAUGGCUAUAUUGCUAUGACCCAGUAAUGGAUGUCUGGGCUCGAAAACAAGAUAUGAACACAAAACGCGCAAUUCACACUUUGGCUGUAAUGAAUGAUCGCUUGUAUGCAAUUGGAGGAAAUCAUUUGAAAGGUUUCUCCCACCUUGAUGUAAUGCUUGUGGAAUGCUAUGACCCGAAAGGUGACCAGUGGAAUAUACUCCAAACUCCCAUUUUGGAGGGUCGAAGCGGCCCUGGCUGUGCAGUGCUUGAUGACAGCAUUUACCUUGUGGGAGGCUACAGCUGGAGUAUGGGGGCCUACAAGUCAUCUACAAUAUGCUAUUGUCCAGAGAAAGGAACCUGGACAGAACUCGAAGGUGAUGUAGCAGAACCGUUGGCAGGCCCUGCCUGUGUGACAGUUAUUCUGCCCUCUUGUGUGCCAUACAAUAAAUAACACCAGGAAACUCUGGAAUGAACGGUAUCACAUUCUAGGAAGCAAUGGCACGCGACAUCACUAUUAUAAUAGGAACAAUGCAUUCUAAUGGUACAACUGCCAAAACCCACCCCUGGUUUCUGAUGAUUUAUAAGUAACUACAAAAGGAAGACACCUGUUCUUGAACAUAUACUGUGUCUGUAACCCAGAUCGUACCAAACUUCCUGUGGUGACAGACUCUUCCAUUUCAGACUGGUUUUAACUUAUCCCAGCUUUACAAAAACUCUUCAUGUGAAUCUUAACUUUCAAAAGGAGAAAGAUAAGAUACAGAAGACUGGCCCCAGAGAGACCUGAGAUCAGUAUUGUGCAUUGUAGUCUACCUGCAUGGGAUCUAUGUUGACAUUUCGGGGAUAUUGUGUUCAAGAAUGAUUCCAAAUUUGAGCCAGCAAAAUAUACUGCAUUACAGAAAUUGCCACUUGAUUCUGUAUUCUUAACCUUUGGCUACUUCACAGACUCCAUUGGCAACACUGUUAUUGAAAAUCAUAUAAGAUCAAAGAGAGGCAUUUUCGUUUCUAUACAACUUCAUUUCAUACACCUUCUGCCCUUAUAGCACCUCAUGGGAUCAGAAAAGAGAAACAUGUUGGCUCUUGUAAUAAAUGCUUUCUACCCUAGGUUCUAAGCUAGACAAUGUCAUCAUUUCUGUAUCCUCAAUUUUAUCUGAAAGAUUAAAACAAAACACAUUAUGUCACUAUUCAGUUCAUGGAGGUUGUGCUUUUUCCUAACAUGUUAUUUACUUCAAAAGACAGGAUUGACAAAUUCAGUCACGUACUAUUUUAGAGAUUCUGUUAUAUGAUAUGUCUGACCCAAAUUUAAUCCAUAAUAAAAAAAAUGAGAGAUUGUUUUCAGGAAUUCAGGGAUGAAAAGAAAGAAUAAUUUCUGUUAAGUACAAUUCCAGUUGUCUUUCUGUUUCUAAAACACAGAACUUACAAGAGCCACAGGAGCCAAUUAUAGCACCUGACAAAAUACUUCUCCUCUUCCUCACCUUUGGGUGGCUCUAGACACUUGACUUACGAUCGUUAUUCCCCCAAUUCAUCAUAUUUUGUUUGUUAUCACCAGAGAUGCUUGAACUCAGUUAAGCGAGCAAUUGCUAGUUGUCUUGAGGAGCAUGAGGAAUUCAGGAGCAGAAGGUCAGGAUAGCAUGAGAUAGUCUCAGUGUGGCCAACCAAAAGGACAAAACUGACAGGAAUGCACAUUCGAUUUUCACGCCCUUCAGAGCUUGAACAACAACUUUAGGAGUAAAUAAAAGCCUAAAAUAUUUUUUAACCAUCCAGAGAUGGCGUUGAAUCCUUCAACAAAUGUGUCAUUCAAAACAAUAAUUAGGGAAAUCCCACAGAUGAAAAAUGCCUUGGUGAUAAGCUUUCAUGGCAGAGCACGUCAAGAUAAAUGGGUAUACUGGAAUCCAAUGCCGUUUCUACAGUAAAGUGCAAUCUUCAUUGUUUUUGUAUUUAUUUGUAUGUUCAGAUCCAAAGGAUCCGUUGUAAAAAUAUAUAUAUAAAUAUAUGUAUAUCCAGUGCAAUCAACUUUCAUUUCUUUUUCCUUGAAAACAUAUGAGUAUAUAGAAAGAAAAGUUACAGUACUCUGUGGGAAAAUCUCAGCUGACAUCAUGAAUAGAACGAGGUCUGUUUCAGAACCUUUUGUUGUCAACUGUCACUGUUUCUUCCAAAAGUCACAGUUUAUACAAGAACAUUUGCUUUCCUUAGACUUGUUCUGAAUUUUAUUUUUUAUUUCUCGCCAAAAUAAAUAAAAGCAUUUAUGAGAACUAUAAGUAAAGCUUUCUGUAUUUCAGAAAGACAUCAGUUACUAGAAAGUGAAAAGUGAAUAAAUAAGUCACAGAGAAUGUAAAUUUUGUACAGUAUUAGAAUGUGUAAAUGAAGCUUGCUUGGAAGGGGAAAACUUUAAAUAAAAACUUUAUGUACUAAUUCAACUGUUUCUCAUAUCCUACUUACAUAGCAUAUGUAUAAAUCUCUACAUUAAACUGUUUGAAGGUUUGUGAUAUGUAAAUGCCUAAAUAUUUUCGUUCUGAAGCUAUGAUUUACAAGUGUAUUUGGCUUUCUCACAAUAUGUAAAUGUAUACAGUAUGGACAGUGCUAAAAUUAUGGAAUACUUCUGGAAAAGGUUGUCAGUUAAAAAUCAUAUGGAAUCUGAUGUUUUCACUACAAGGGUGUUACAAUAAGACAUAACUUACCUGAAAUCAAAUAACUAAAUAUUUACACACAUUAUUAGAAGUACCAUAUGUGUUAACAAAUACUUUUUAAAGGAUAAUGAAUCACACAUUUUAUUAAAUCAAUGAUCAAAUACA